UAUGUCAUUUUUGACGUUCAAAAUAGCAAGAAUUAUACUGCAAUAUAUUUGUAAUCAGCGUAAUUAGGUAAUAUUAAAACAUGGCUCCAAAUCGCUUAUGUAUAAUAAAAAUCGUAGAACUGGCUAUUGCUAUUGUCUGCAUGGUUCUACACAGUAGCACUCAUACUGCCGAUUAUGAUAUUGAUACUACCUCUGCUAUAACAUAUGGAGCCUUCAUCAUUAUCCUUGUAGGAGAAGCUGCUGCAUAUUUCUGGAAGUGCCCAUUGGAUAAGAAAAUUGACAUAUAUUAUUCAAUUGUGGGAUGUUCUUUAUUUUUAGCAACAGGAAUCUUUAACAUCCUACGGUACACUGACCAGUCUGGAUCCAAAAACAAAACUAUGGGUAUUAUUAAAGCUUUGUUCUCAUUGGUUAAUGGAGUUGUAUUUGCGUUGGAUGCAUUUUUGACAUACAAGGGAGAACAAGUUAGUGCGUAGUAAACCUACAGUUACCUACGUAAAGAACUGGAAGAAACUAGUACCCUGCAAGUACUCUAAUCGCUGAUUGCUUUUGUAAAGUAUUUAUGUUUAAAGGAUUUUUCUUUAUAUUGUAACGCUGACAAAAUUUGUUAAUAUACCAGUAUCAAAAAG